AUGGACUGGUGCCUCUUCGAAGCGCCCGACGGAGAGCUCCGCGAUGUCGAUGUUGAUGUCGACUUCGACCACCCUCUCUGUCCCUCGCUCCCCCCUUUAUUUCCCUCCUCUCCCGUCCGUUCUUCGGUGAAGACUCCUGCGACGACGAGUGUCACCGCCAUGACUGCUGCGGGAGUCUCUCCGUCGAGCUCUCCUCGCCUGCCCAGUCCUCCGCCCUUCACAGAGGUCCAGAUCGGGCCAAAGUCGCCCAGGGUAGGAGAGUCGUUGGGGAGCGCAGGCGAGCAGCUGUUGGCAGAGGCAGAUGAUGACUCCAAACGGAGGAUACGGCCGGGCACCAAGGCUGCAGACAUGGCGUCGGGGCCUCCGCUGGUGCCGCUCUCGCAGCUCGAUUCACCGUUCCAGCUACAAGAACACCUCAAAGCGCUCUACCACCACUACACAAAGCCCGAUGGGUCUCGCACCGUUGUGCCGAUAAACCGCGAAGUCGCCCUCUCUCUGGCCGAACCGCCCGAAGGCGUGGAACGCUCCCUCUGGCUCUACGAACUCUGCCGCUUCCUCACGAUGAAAGUCAACAACCUGAUCAUUGCCUUCUUCGCUGAAGAUCCGCCUUGUUCGGCGCAGACCUGUCCCGAGAUGCGUGCGUCGGAGUGGCAGUACCUCUGUGCCGUCCACGAUCCUCCCAAGUCGUGCUGCGCGAUUGAUUACUGCUGUCACACCCUCGACUGGGCGACGAACAUUUUGACCUCGCCCAAAUAUUUCCCCAGUCGACUCACGUUGGGCUCGGAGGCUGCCGGAGGCCCUCAGGCCAGCAUGAGGCAUCUCACGAACAUCUUCCGUCGACUGUACCGGAUCUUUGCACACGCCUGGUUUCAGCAUCGGGGGGUCUUUUGGCAGGUGGAGGGCCAUGACGGUCUCUACGUUUUUUUCAAGACUGUUUGCGAUGUGUACAAUCUGAUUCCGGAGGACAACUACACCGUUCCCCGCGAGGCCGAAGGAGCGGCUGCUUACGAAAACAACAAUAAGGCGACGAGCGCUGCGGAGUCACCUUUCCCGGAAGAAGGCCGGCGAUUCUCUAUCCUGCGGAAGGAGAGCGACGGAGUGUCUCGUCCUCAGUAUGAAGAAACGGAGUCACCGUCGAUCAGCACGGGCGCGACCACUCGACGUCACAAGCACAGCCCAUCGACAGGCUCGAGCGUGACGACGAUCGCGGAGGGUGUGGAAGAUGAACAGCGGGAGAAAUUGCCCGAGGUGGACGAGGACGCGGAAUGCAACCCAGACGCCGCUGAGCAGACAUGGCAGCAACAAGAGACAGCUGCUGAGGCUAAAGAGCAGGAGACAUCAGCUGAGAGCGAAACCAAUCUCGGCGAACCAGGAGUCGAGAACGAGCCAGAAGCGUCGACCGAGGACACGACCACGGACGCGGAAACGGACACAGAGACGAUCACCUCUCCAGCAGAGGUAACCGAGGACAGCAUGAGCAAUGAAGCAAGCAAGCCCGAGGAGGGACAAACUGAGGAGUCGAACGAUGAGACUGAAACAGCAACACCGACCGUUCCGACGGUGACCAAAGCGGCUGACGAGUCUGACGAGUCUUGA